UGGCGCGCGAAGCCGGUCACGGCGGACGUAUCGAACGGGUGCUCUCGAGCGAGUUCAUAGUAGCCUCCGUUGUUUGGACAAGUGCUAAGUUGAUCGUUUUAUGACGUGAUACAGCUCGUUGACGUUCGGCCUGUUGGCAUUAUGUACAAAUUAACCGUUCGACUUUUAAAUUCUGUGUGUUGUUUUUGAACGUUUUGGAUUUUUUUUUGGAGUGCUGUGACUUUUUUUGGAGUGUUCCAAUUUUAAAAAGAAUGACGCCGCAAGAGGAGCGGGAGAGUGCGCGAGGGGCGGAGAUAGCAGACGCGUUUGAGGACGAGAUGUUCGGUCCUCCGCGGACGGAGCCCGCCGCCCGGCCCAAGCUCUCCAUGAUAUCCGCCCGCCUCCGCGCCAACGAGGAGCGCAAGCGGGUCAUCGAGAUCUGCUCCCAAAAACUAGAAAAUAUCGAGGACCCCGCGCGCGACCUUCGCCGCUCCGUCUGCAUCAAUAACACAUACUGUCGCUUGAGCGAGGAAGCGCGCCGCGAGAAGGAGGCGAGAAGAAGGCGCGCGCGCGAGGAAUGCGACGACUCCUGGGUCGGCAAAAAAGCGAGGCGGGCCGUCGAAGACGAGUGCCUCGCGUUACUGGACGCCAUUCCUGAGCUUGGAGACGCGAACCUUGGCUGCGCGCAGCUGGCGAGGCAGAUGCCGCGCCAGGACGUGCCCCUGCUGCCGCCGGGCCUGCUCACGGUGCUGGACUCAUGACCGCGUCGCAGCGCGCCCCUGCAUGCCCCCCUGUGAUGCGCCCCGUGCGCCCCGACGCCCGCGGGCCCGCACGCCGCCGCCCGCGCUCGCGGCCAGCCCGCCGAGAGCGAGGUGUCACUUGUUACCCGGAACGGACGCUCCGCGUUUAGCGAAUACCUUGUUGUUUAAGAGUACUUACUUUGUUAGCGAGUUUUUUUUUUAUUAUUUAGUGAAAGUUGCUCAGGCGCUGCCGAUGGGCGCGGUCCAAUUAGUGUUCAAUGAUUAUUUUUACUAUCAGAGAACUCGGAGUGCUUUGUCCGCUGUCAACGCGUCAUGUGUGAGACGCGUGUACUGAAGUUAUGGAAGUUAUCGUUUUUAUUGAAGGAUUAGCUAAUAAGCGAUAAUUAUGUUACAUUAUUGUACUUUAAAUGAUAGUGAUUUAAGAGAUAGUGCAAAACGACUGGGAACGGUUGCGUUGAAGCUCCACAAUACUCUUCGUCUAGAUGUAGGUAACGGUUUAUAUCACUUUAAACGUUAUACACAUUUGUUGUAAUCGCUAUCGCUUCGUAGCACAAACAUAGCGUGCUCGGACGGCCGGUUCAUUAUUGUGAGCCGUUCGGCGAGUAGGCAUCAAAUUACUCUACUACACUAACACGCCUCUGUGAAUGAACUGAUUCAGCGUUUAAUUACUUUCCGAAUAAAUAUUGAUGUGCCGUCGAGAGUAUAUAAAUCGUUUAAAGAAUUUAGUGAAAGGUGAAAACAAAAAUAUUGUCGAGUUUGGUGCGCGGCGCUGAUGGGACUGGCCGAGGUUGGCGCGACAUUGGGCCAAUAUACUUGGCCGCCAACACGCGAAUGCUCGGCGAUGCAUUUUAGACAAGUCUGACUUUUGAGUUUUGUUAAAUAUUAUCGCUUAAAUAAGUUUAUUUUAUAUUUUCGUUUUAGUUCGGUUACCUGAUGUCACCAUUUAUGCUUUUGUUACCAUUAUGAUAAUUUGGUUGAACCUUCCGAGUUUAGGUUACAUAAUCCGCGGUUGUUGUUUAUUUAAUUUUUGUAAGAAUGCGAGAAUUUAAUAUAACCGUUAUCGGAUGUGCAAUGAGUUCGUAUUUAAUGUGCAAUUCGGAUGAACAAAAACGAAGUUCCUUUUCUUUUGAAAUCUUAAUUGUCGCAAAAUAUAUUGGUAGUGGCCCGUUUCGCCCCCUCUGAAUAGUAAAUAGGUAGGAGGGUGGGAGGGGGGA